AUGUGGACGAUACGGAUUGUGUUUUUAAUUAGCAUUGGGCAUCACGUGAUCAUUGCCAACCCCACGUGCACGAAGACAUCAGCAUGCGCAUGCAAGUUCCCGUAUGGAGCAGGGGUGGACCUGUCGAGCUUGGAUAGUAAUGACCCGAAAAAUCCUACUUUCCCAGACAUAUUUCCCGACAGCGGAAAUGACGCGUUUUCAUGGAAUCCCUGCUCAGCGUUCGAUGAGGGCGAUGGUUGUCUGAGCGUAGCGCUAUGUGACGUCCAUCAGAAUCCGAACAACACAGAGUAUUUCCCUAUAGGACUCCAGGACACGGCGGAUUUCUCUUACAACAGUAACGGCCAGCUACAGAUUACUUAUAUCUACGCAGGCACUGGUGGAGCUAAGCGACAGUCCUUCGUUACCCUCACCUGUGAUCCCCAACAGAGUGCACAAUUCUCUGCCACUGGUGAGAAUCCGAGCGGAAGUGGCAUGUAUUAUUUCGACCUAACGUCUAAGUUAGCGUGCUACCAAGCUGAAACAUCCGGGUCUUCACUCUCCAUCGGAUCCAUCAUUUGUAUAGCAUUUUUCAGCCUAAUUUUUCUCUACUUCACUGCUGGUAUGGUAUUUAAGCUUGCCGUCCGAAAAGAACGAGGAACUAACUUAAUUGUACAUAAAGAAGUUUUAGUGGCUAUCCCAGGGCUGGUUAAGGACGGAACAAUGUUUAUAUUCCGAAGAGGACCUCUAUCUGAACGGAAGAAACUUUUAAGUUAAAUAAAAGAAUAAGGUCUAACUUCGUUUUCGUCACAAAUGAUUGCAGUUUAGAAGUAGUAAAUACAAUAUAUCAGAAAUUAC